AUGUCCGGUCCCUACGAUCAAUACUCCCAGCAGCAAGGCUACGGCUACGGCCACGGCCAGGACCAGGGUCAAGGCCAAUACCAGCAGGGAGGAUACUCCCAAGGCGGCUACGGACAGCAGCCUUACUCUAACCAGCAAUACGGCCAGGAGUAUGGCCAACAACAUGGUCAGCAACACGGUCAAUACGGAGGCUCUGGUGACUAUCACAAUCAGCAGCGUGAUUACAACCAGGAUCAGUACGGCCAGCACCAGCAGAGCCAAUACGGUCAACACGACCAGUACAGUCAACAACACCAGGGCCAGGGGUCAUACGGACAUUCUGGCUACAAUGACCAGAGCGCUCCCGGUGGAGCCCAAGAGGGCGAGCGAGGACUCGGCGGUGCUCUCGCAGGCGGUCUCGCGGGUGGCUUUGCAGGCCACAAAGCUGACCACGGUAUUCUGGGUACCAUCGGAGGCGCCAUCAUGGGAUCCGUCCUGGAAGACGCCGUCAAGAAGCACAAGCACAAGGAAGAGGGGCCCCCGGGAUACGGCAGCCACGGUGGCUCCCAGUACGGCAGUCACCAGGGCCGGCCUGGUUCGUCAAGCGGCGGUGGUCUGAUGGAUAACUUGGGCAGCUUCUUCAAGAAAUAG